AGAAGGAGAAGAAGAAGUAGAAGAAGAAGAAGAAGAAGAAGAAGAAGAAGAAGAAGAAAAGUACAGUAACACAGCCAGUGCAAGAGUGUUUUCAAAGAAAAAAAAUCACAAUUCAAGACACGGCCAUGGCUCCAAAAAUCACAGUGGAGCUGCUCAGACUGCUUCGCCAGGCCAUGAAGAAUGGCAAAUACGUUUCUCAGCCUAUACAGGCUUACAUUGUGCCCUCUGGAGAUGCACACCAGAGUGAAUAUAUUGCACCAUGUGACUGCAGACGUGAAUUCAUCUGUGGAUUUAAUGGCUCUGCAGGCACAGCCAUAGUUACAGAGCAUCAUGCUGCCAUGUGGACAGAUGGACGCUACUUCCUCCAGGCUAGCCAGCAGAUGGACAGCAACUGGACACUGAUGAAAAUGGGGCUGAAGGAGACUCCAAGUCAGGAAGACUGGCUGAUCAGCAUCCUGCCAGAGAACUCAAAGGUGGGUGUGGAUCCCUGGAUCAUAGCUGCUGACCAGUGGAAGAACAUGUCAAAGGCCCUGGCCAGUGCAGGCCACUCUUUGGUGGCAGUACAGGACAACCUGAUUGAUGCAGUGUGGGUGGACCGCCCUGCUCGACCCAGUACCAAGCUAAUCACUCUGGGACUGGAGUACACCGGUUUGUCAUGGCAAGACAAGAUCAUCGCUCUGCGGGCGAAGAUGACGGAGAGGAAAGUCACCUGGUUUGUUGCCACGGCGCUGGAUGAGAUUGCAUGGCUUUUCAACCUCCGUGGUUCAGAUAUCGAGUACAACCCAGUGUUCUUUGCAUAUGCCAUUGUAGGAAUGAACAAUAUAAGGCUGUUUGUGGACCAGAAGCGCCUGACCGAACCAGCAGUCAGGAACCACCUGCAAUUGGAUUCUCCCAGCAAGCCUGAACUGAGCAUCCAGACAUCACCCUAUGAGUCUAUCUACACCGAGCUCCAAGUUAUCUGUGCUUCACUUGGAUCCAAGGACAAAGUGUGGAUCUGUGACAAAGCCAGCUGUGCCCUCACACAGGUUAUUCCCAAGAUUCAUCGGUCGCCCAUCCCCUACACUCCACUCUGCCUCGCCAAGGCUGUCAAGAACACCACUGAAAUUCAAGGCAUGAAAAUGGCUCAUAUCAAGGAUGCAGUUGCCCUUUGUGAACUCUUUGCUUGGCUGGAAAAGGAGAUUCCCAAAGGCACAGUGACUGAGAUCUCUGCUGCAGAUAAGGCUGAGGAAUUUCGCAGUCAACAGAAACAUUUUGUCGGCCUCAGUUUCCCUACAAUCUCAAGUGUUGGUCCAAAUGGUGCAAUCAUUCAUUACAGACCCUUGCCAGAAACCAACAGAACCCUUUCCUUGAAUGAGGUUUACUUGAUAGACUCUGGAGCUCAGUACAGUGAUGGAACCACAGAUGUCACCCGCACCAUGCACUUUGGAACACCUUCUGCUUUUGUGAAGGAAUGCUUUACGUAUGUGCUGAAAGGACACAUAGCUGUCAGUGCUGCAGUUUUCCCAAAUGGAACCAAAGGGCACCUGUUGGAUUCCUUUGCCCGUGCAGCACUCUGGGAGUCGGGGCUGGACUACCUCCAUGGUACGGGUCAUGGUGUAGGCUGCUUUCUCAACGUGCAUGAGGGACCCUGUGGCAUCAGCUACAAGACCUUCGCUGACGAACCGCUGGAGGCUGGCAUGAUCGUCAGUGACGAACCUGGGUACUAUGAAGAUGGAUCUUUUGGAAUUAGACUGGAAAAUGUAGUACUCGUUGUGCCAGCCAAACCCAAAUACAACUACAGAAACCGAGGUAGUCUGACAUUUGAGCCCUUGACCCUGGUCCCCAUCCAAGUCAAGAUGAUGAACACAGAGAUGCUCACUCCGAAAGAGAGGGACUGGGUGAAUGAGUAUCACAUGAAAUGCCGGGAGAUGGUUGGAGCAGAGCUGGAAAGUCAGGGCCUGAAGGAAGCGCUGGAGUGGCUGAUCAGGGAGACCCAACCAAUCGUGUGAAGAGCAUUCAAUUACUGACUUGAGUACAAUCCAAUCAUUUUGCCCAGAAGUAUGAUCGAUGGGUCUGCAGUGAUAAUUGUUUAUUGGUUGCUCUGCCCUUCAUGCUCUUCUUCUUUUGUAAAGCAUACCCAUGUCAGCAGUUUUAUGAAAUUCCAUUAAAAUUAAGGGGAAACAAUUAUGUGGAUUCACCUUUAAAUAUAUUGGUUUCUUUUUUCCCCAAUCCAGACUAAUCAAGCGUUAACAUAUGUGGUAACAAAAUGUUUUGUUUUGGUUUUUUUGUGUUUUUUGGGGGGGGGGGUAAAGACUGUUACCCUUCAAAUAAGGCAACAAUUACAGACUGUAUCCUCCCAACCUGCCCUGCAAAAAUAUUUUUUUCACCAUCGUUUAAAGCUUCGUGUAAUAAAUUGGUGGAUCCAUUGUUGGGGUCCCUGGCAAAUUCCUGGAAGGACAGCAGCCGUAAAAUCAGUUUGUUCCUCUGGUCCACAGUGGGCUCUUGUCUCCUUUUCCUCCACCAUUUCAGACAGAGGGUUACUGUAGAUGAAAUAAAUUAUGGAGUUGGCCUCGACUGUUUCAGUUUCCCUAAAGUGAAAAUGAGGCUCCAUGAAGCUGCUGGAUAUCUUCAUUGGUUUGACUGCCACAGGGUAGACCGGCUCACCUCCAGUCACCUCACUCUUACACAGUGAGGUUCUAUUUGACUGACUGAGGGAGAGAUGGCACACUUAGUAAUUGCUCUUCUGAGGUUUAGCAGAAUUGGACCAUUCUCACAACAGUUGACUCUUGCUCUACUCCGUGUCUUCUACUGCUUCUUCUUCUUCUUCUUUUGUUUUGGCUUGUUCCCUGUUUCUCAGGGGUCGCCACAGCAGAUUUUACAGUUUCCAUCGGUACCUUGUGAGGGCACAGCACCAACCAUGUCUUCCUGACUGUCUUAAUAUAUUCUGUGAAGAACAAUUGAGUGGUGGCUACAGUUUUCUCUGACAUCAGCAGUCCUAAAGACCAGUAGUCAGUGUAAUAUUCUGGUUCCAGUGUGGGAAGAUGGUGGCACAGAUUCAUGUUUGCAGCGGCUUCACCCAGUACCAGUGUGGAAAGAUGGUGGCGUUAACUUAUGUUUGCAGCGGCCUUACCCGGUACUGUCCAUGAAGUGUCUUUUUCCAUGUCUGUGUCUACGUUUGUGUCUUCAUUUGAUGGCUGGGAGAGCUUGGUUUGCUGCGUCCUGUGGACCCAGGGACCACGGCCCUGCCUGGAGCUGUGCCCGAAGAGGAAACACCAAGGGCAGUCUGACAGGACGCGGAAGCGGGACAGGCUAAGCUAACUGCCAGCCCAUGCAGAUCGGCAGUUCCGAUAACACCAAAGGCAGUCUGGCGGCUGCCUCGCCUAGCGUUGACUGUGUUUUUGGUGUCGUCGUGUGGAGUGCGGGGAGGUGUGUCGAAGGUGUCUGGCUGGGAGAGCUGGCUUUGAAUCAGUUGGGGGAGCCUGGUCUGCUGUGUCCGAUCGGCCCAGGGACCACAGCCCUGCCUGGAACUGUGCCCGAGGAGGAAACACCGAAGGCGGUCUGACAGGACGUAGAAGCGGGAGAGGCUAAGCUAACUGCUAGCCCAUGCAGACCGGCAGUUCCAACAGUCAUCCUGGCAUUCGCUCUCUUGGACAGUAUUUUUUUUUUUUUUGGGUUUAUGUUGUCCAUAGGGUUAGUGGUUGUGUCAGGGAGGGCAUCCGACAUAAAAUUAUGCCAAAUCGGUAUGCGGAUUGACAAGCCCAUACCAGAUACGGUCGAGGCCCAGGUUAACAACAGCUGCCAUUGGUGCUCUGCCCUCACAGGGUACUGAUGGAAACUUUAAAAUCAGCUGUGGCCGACCCCUUAGAAACAGGGAACAAGUCAAAAGAAGAUAUGUUGGAUAUAUCCAAAGGAAUUGAAUCGAGUGCAACUGGACUUGGUAUAUAUUGAACUCGAUUCAUUUCCUUUGGAUAACCAUGACCUGGAUGAAUGAGAACAUUCACAGACUUGUGUGAUAUAUAUGUUUUUUUUUGUAGUUUGGGGAUAUGUUUUCCUGUUGUUUGGAUGUGUUUUUGUCUUUGUGUUGUACUGCUGUGGGCUGGGGGAAACGAUAUGUAGUUUAAUUUCAUGUACACAAGUGCAUGAAAUGAAAUGACAAAUAAAUGUUCCUGAUUCCUGAUGUUUACAAUCAUAUAGGGCUUGAUGCUCUCUGUGUCACUAAACUAUAGAGUGCAGUAAUGCAGAACACCCGCUAAGGUGGUAGAGGACGAGGGAUGCUAGUUAAAUUUUUUUGAAGAUUACAAAGUCAACAAGUUUUCAAAUUAAUUUUUAAAAAGUAGUGCAAUAAGCAAGCUGUCAAUAUGAUUCUCACCGGGUAUAGCAGAUACAUACAUACACAGUACACAGUGCAAGCCUGUGAAUGUGAGCAAACAUGAAGUCAGGACAAGGAUGAUCAUGUUGAACACUUAACUUUGAAGAAAAGGAAAGCGCAUUUCAUCAGAAACGAUGAGGCAUUAUUCAGCAAUACUAAUUUAUGGCAUGGUGACAAGUGAGAAGUUACUAAUGACUAAGCACAUUGGUGUUCUUGCAUAGAGAAAAUCUCUGACCCUUCUUUUACAACUUCAUGAUUAAAUAAAUAUCUGUUUUAUGUGGGGAAAAUAAUCAUCUUUUCACAGGUAAUGAUAACUAUAUUUUUGUUUUGUUUUGUUUUUUACCCCCUCAAAGCUCGAGGUACUGUAAAAUAAAGAGGAACAAAAUCCGCUCCCAAGAGGGGAGAAACUUAAGCUGCUGGCUCUUUUACUGUCCAUGUUUAUUAAAAUUGAGUAAUGUUUGUAUAAAUUGGAAUGUGGACUUGUUUCUUCAAUCCCAGGGAAACCUGUUAACAGGAAACCCAUGUAAUUCUCAACUAGCUUGUUCCUUGCAGAUAAAAAUCAAUAAAGAAAAUAAC